CUGUACCACCCGGCCCAUCAUCACAUCCGACUCCUGUCCCCUCUGCUGACAGCUCAAAGGCAGAGGCCAGCAUUUGUUGCUUGUCUGCUUCUAGGCUUCUUUUACUACUGCACUCCUCGGCCCCUCCUGCUGUUUUAUCUUCUUUUAUUUUUCUUCAUUUUUCUUUGGGGCUGCCUGGCCUUCUAGCUGAAGGAGAAACAUGGUUGCCACCUGCCUACACCUUACUGGAUUUGUGGCUAGUUUUGUUGGCUGGAUUGGCAUGAUUGUGGCAACCUCCACCAAUGACUGGGUCGUGACUUGUGGCUAUACCAUCACCACCUGCCGGAAGAUGGACGAGCUGGGAUCCAAGGGGCUGUGGGCAGACUGUGUCAUGGCUACAGGACUCUAUCACUGCAAGCCGCUGGUGGACAUCCUCAUAUUACCAGGGUAUGUCCAGGCAUGUCGGGCACUGAUGAUCGCUGCUUCCGUUUUGGGGCUUCCCGCUGUUUUUCUACUAGUGACAGUUCUGCCUUGCAUCCGGAUGGGCCACGAACCUGGAGUUGCCAAGUACCGGCGUUCCCAGCUGGGAGGGAUACUCCUGAUCCUCUUGGCUCUGUGUGGUGUCGUGGCUACCAUUUGGUUCCCUGUGAGUGCUCACCGUGAAACCAUGAUCAUGAGUUUUGGAUACUCCCUCUACACAGGCUGGAUCGGAUCUGCUCUUUGUCUCUUUGGUGGGUGCAUCAUCGUUUGCUGCUCGGGCGAUGCCCAAUCGUUUGGUGAAAACCGUUUCUACUACGCCUCAGGAUCCAGCUCCCCCACCCAUGCUAAAAGUGCACAUGUAUAAAGGCUCCUGAGACUUCCUGUGCCUUCAUCAGUUGCUUUGAAACGGGUGGGAUGGGUUUUAUUUGUGUCUGGGUGUUGUAUUUGCUCGCAUCUACGAACACAAGUUGUCCACAUCCCUGAAGAUUUAAAGAAACAGUCUGAUAUGUUUAAAGCAGAAACCCCACGUUUGCCUUAAUAGAAAUCUCUAGCAAAAAUAGACCAGGCCAGCCUCCAUAGCUGCCCAAAUGUCUUGUGCUCAUGAUUUUGAUGAAAAGCAUGAUGUAGUUUCUUUCUUUCUUUCUUUCUUUCUUUCUUUCUUUCUUUCUUUCUCACGUCUAGAACACACGCUGAUGAAUACACAUUGUUUCAAAUUGCCUGAAUGAUCAGUAAUUUCUCAGUAUAAGUUGCCAUUUACUUUCCACCCCCCUGUUCAAGGCCAUUUUUUUGUUCUUGCAAAGUUGUGAUAAAAUAGAGAGGAAGAUGCUGUACUUUUCCAUCUGCAAAAAUGUUUUCCUUUUCGUGAGAUUAGGGAGUAUCUCUUUGCUUUCUCUGUACAUUUUAAAAAGGAAUUUGAUCAUUUUCAUAACAGUGUUUUUGUCUAAGUGCAUCAGUAUGAAGGAAACAAAGCCAAAAGUGUCUAAUUACAAGGUAAAUAACAGAAGACUUGUACAUAGCCUUAAAUAUAUGUUAUGGGGCUAAUCCCCACAACUACCCCUCUUUUUUUGUACAGGUUUGUUGCUAAAUGUACUUUAUUUUAUUCUUUUUUACUUUGUUCCAAUUAAUUUGUAUUCUGACAUGCACUAUUGAAGUGGAACUUAUCUAAACUGUAUACUAUAAUCUAUCAGAUGUCAGUUCAGUAAAAUCCAAUGAAUACUGAUGAUGCCUUCGUUCUUUAAGUGAAAUACUGUACAACAUACAGAAAUAAAUGAAAUUACUAGUUUA